AUGGAAAAAAGGAUAGAGCUUGAGAAAAGGGGUAGAACACCUGACCAGAUUCAUGAAUUGAAUUUAGACAAUUGUCGAAGUACAAGUAUUGAGGGAUUGACAGAUGAAUUCACAAAUUUGAGAUCCCUCAGCCUCAUCAAUGUGGGGUUGACUAGCCUAAAAGGAUUUCCAAAAUUACCAAACCUCCAAAAGCUUGAACUUAGUGACAACAGAAUAUCAAAUGGUCUAAAUCUCCUUCAUACCAGCCCCAAUUUAACAAAUUUAAAUCUUAGUGGAAACAAAAUUAAAGAUCUGGAGACAUUGGAACCUCUGAAAGAGUUUGAGCACCUUAAAAGCCUUGACCUUUUCAACAAUGAAGUUACUUGCAUUGAAAACUAUAGGGAAAGGCUAUUCAAGCUUCUACCAUCUUUAGAGUAUUUGGAUGGAUUUGAUGCUAAAGAGCAGGAAGCAGAUGACAGCGAACAGGAAAACGAUUCUGUCAAUGGCAAUGAAGAGGAAGAAAGUGAUGAAGAUGGUGAGGGUGAAGGUGGAGAGGAAGAUGAUGACGAAGAGGUUGAAGAUGAGGAAGUAGGCCUCGAAGCUGUAUAUAAAGAAAACCUCGAUGAGGAAAGUGAAGGUGAUGAUUAUGAAGGAGAGGGAUCAGAGGAAGAAGAAGACGAAGAUAUUGAGGAGGAAGAAAGCUUCCAAGCUGAUGCUGAUACAACUGAAGAUGACUCUACUCCACGAGGGAAAAAAAGAAAACAUGAAGGAGAAGAGGAAGUUAAUUAA